AUGGUCCCCGGGACGAAAAACCUCAAAUGUGGCGCCGGCUUGAAUGGAUGGAACUCCUGUAAUCUGCACAAAAGGCGCCUCCAACCCGGGAGUCUUUUGCGGAACCCUCCAGCUCAGGCGGGUCCUUUGCUUGGCCGGUUUCUCAGCGCAGAGAGACCUGACCUCCAUCGGCUGUCACAGGGAAUCGUGGCUCAUUCCGGAGUAAUAUGGCCAUGGAGCAAGGAGGCUGUGAAGUCCCGUCUGAAGAGAGAAGAGAAGAGAAACCAGCCAAUGUGUGGAAACGGCAGCAGCGGAAACCCCAAUUCGACAGCCUGGAGCCCGGGAUUUGUCGGCGAGGUCAGCAAGCUAGCGCUCAUGGUUGUCCUGGUCAUUGCCAUCACCCUCGGGAAUCUGCUGAGCCUCCUGGUUUUUCUCUGCCUCAAGCCAUUCAGAACAUCCCAAGGUUACCUGAAGGCUUCUUUGGCCCUGGCUGACUUGGCCGUGGGGCUCAUCAUCGUGCCUUAUUCAGUUUACAGGGAGGCGAAUGGGUUAUUCUUCGGCACAAAGCAGCAAGAGACGGGUCCAUCUGACCAGCUUGCCUGCCUCCUCACUGGCCCCAUCUUUGCAGGCUGUACUUUUGUCUCAAUUAGCACCAUAUUUCUGCUCUCGUUGGAAAGGAGCGUUGCAGUGCUUCAGCCCCUGCAGAGGAAACGAGUCAUCACCAAACGCAGGACUCUGUGGCUCAUCCUGGUCUCCUGGGCCUUGAGUUUCUCCUUAGCAGUGAUCCCUCUGCUCUCUGCCCCUGACAUCACUCUCCAGUAUAGUCCCUGCAACAAGAUGUGUAGCUACUCUUUUCCUCCAGACAAGCUACCUGAACCCCGCUGGAACGUCAUGCUGCUGUAUCCAGUCUUUGAUUUCUCCCUUUUAAGCGGUACCUUUGCCAUCAAUGCAGUCACUUUUACUACCCUCCAUCGAUACUGCAAGAUGCGGAAGCAACUAGGGGAGGAGCAGCUGAGUAGUUCCCGACUCUCCUUCUCAGACAUCACUGCUGCCAAGACCAUCGGCAUCCUGACCUUUGCGUUCUCAGUCUCCUUCAUACCCAUUGCUGUAUUUGUGGUGGGCUCAGUGGCUGGCCACCAGUGGUGCCAGUUUUCCUUUUAUGCUUUCUGGAUCCUCACUUCUAAUAGCUGUUGGAAUGUGGCCAUUUAUAGUGUUUGGGACCCCAAGUUCCGUCAGGGGCUCCGGGAACUGUUCACCAAGCCAGUGCUGACAGCAGCCACACUGCCUCCCAGCUGCUCCCUGGAGGUUCACGGUUCUGCCCCUGCCUAUGUGGCAGACUUGAAACAGAUGUUUUGCCCAGACAGAAUUUGA